UCUUACUCUGCUCACUCAUCAACAUGGAUGUUCAUCUCUGCGUUCUUCUCAUCUUCACUGGACUCACAGGAAUUCACAGCAUAACUACAGUCAGUGAAGUGUCAGUGAAGGCUGGGCGCUCCAUCUCUAUCCCAUGUCUCUAUCAGUCAUAUUACACACCCCAUGUGAAAUACUUGUGUGAAGGAUAUAAUUGGUUGAGCUGCUCCUACGCAGUUAAAACAAAUCAACCAAGCCGUCCAGGAAAGUUUUCAAUCUCCGAUGACAAACAGCAAAGAAUCUUCACUGUGACAAUUAAUGAUCUGACGGUUUCUAACAAACAUUUCUGGUGUGCUGUGGAGAUAAAGGACGGGCCAGAUGACAGGAAGUUUUUUCAGCUGUCAGUCACCAGAGAUGGCUUUGGACUCUUUGUGGAUCAUCAGGAGGUUACAGGAUUUAAUGGGGAUGAUGCAACCAUCCAUUGUCACUAUACUAUCUCUGGAGAAAUGCAGUGGUGCAGGCUGGGAGGGCCGUGUGUGAAGAGGCCGUCUGGAUCAAUAGAUGGAACAAGAGUGACCAUCAACAAAAAUGUCUCCAAUGUUUUUACUGUGACUAUGAGUGGACUGAGGGCAGAGAGCGGAGGCUGGUAUUUAUGUGCCAAAGGAAACCUACAGAUGCCAGUGCAUGUAACUGUUAAAGAGAGACCCAGCACUACAACACGUACAACAACAAGAUGUUUAACCACCUUUUCAUCCACUCCUGAACCUGUGGAUCCCACUUCUGUCUUUGCAUCUGAGGCAUCUACCACAGUUCAGGCUGGCUACCACAGUGCUUCCAUUUACCAGCUGAGUUUCAUGAUGCCUUUGAGUUUGUUGAUCUUCAUUGUGAUGGUGGCCUCAUUCAUCUGGUUUAUGUUGAAAAGACACAAGCAGACCAAAGCACAAUCAUCAGCUGCAACAGAGGUAACAGAGGCUGAACGGGAAGUAACAUACAGUGCUGUAAAGCACGUGAGAAAAACUCUUGACAAGGUUGAGACUAAAGAGGAAGAUGUUACAUACAGCACAUUGGCUCACCAAUAAAUUUAUGUAAAUGUUUUGUCUUUCUCCUGCAUGUCUAUCUUUUGUUUCCUUGUCUGUUGUUGGUUUCCAUUUUUGAACAGAUAGUGUCACGAUGUGCAGUCUGCUGUUACACCGUCACCCCACAGUAGCUCUCUGACUAGCUAUACAACAUCUGAAAGAAACGGUGACCUGUUUGUGUGACAAGUACAAGCUAGCAGUGUAUAGUGCAGUUCUACGAGCAACAUCAAGAUAAAAGUAAAAAGGGCGAGACAAUACUUGUUGGGAUUUGCAUCCUCAUCUCCUCAAGCUGAUGUAUGUCUCCUCUGUGGGUUACUGAACACAGUUUUCAAUGGGACCAGUGAUGUGAUUGGCUGAGAGUGUAUUUAUGAAUCCCCACACCCUCUAAUCUAUAUGCCACGUCACCCAUCUUUUUUUGCCCACACGUUUUGCACUUGUUGCACGUUGCCCUUGCACUAUCAAAAUAGGGCCCAUUAUGUGACUCCUGGAGGGGGCCCGACCUCCAGCCUGGGAACCACUGGACUAACUGUAUAUAAAGUGGGCAAAACUAGCUCCACCUCAACCCGCUACAACAGUAAAAUGCUAUUUACACAUUGUUGCAUCUGUAUUUAUAAAGAUUUAAGUAACGUAUAAUUUUUCUGCAGAAUAGGUACUGUUACUUUUGAUGCUUUGAUGCUGAGCAGUAGAUAUUUAGAGCUAUUUCAAUGAAAACUGCUGCCUGCUGUGGUGGGAUGUUGAUAGAUGUAACGUUCUGUGGUUUCCAUAAAGCAACACACUGUAGAAAAUAAAUUUGGUAAAUUUAGAGACCAAGCCCAGUCUGACAAUGUUAAUACACUGUUAUAUUGCUAAUUCUGUCUCUUUGUUCUUCCAUUGUCAUUGCCAUGUUCCUUCUGUUCACCCGUGUGCCAUUGUACUUUCUGCUGUUCUCGUUUGGUUGUGCAAUAAAUGUUUUAAUGGCA